GAAAGUAGGAUUCUAUGAUUCCAACACAAUUUUUAAUGUUAUGGAAAAUUAUCCAUUGUAAUUUGUUGUUUCCCGCCUUUUACCAACGGUUUUCCCAUUUGAAAUAUUAUUUAAGAAUAAAAAGAGGGUUGCUGCAAAGGGGAUAUGUUCCCACCUUUUUCGCACUUGCAGAUUCACCUUUGAGUAAAUUUUCAUCAAGUAACACAAUGCCUCCUAAAAAGAGACCUGCCAACUCGAAGACAGUCGCUUCUAAAGAUGAAGAUACAAAAGAUGCUCAUCAAUCUGAAAUAGGUGAUUCCAAGAAAAAUGGAACAGAUGAAGAAGUUGUGGGAAACACUCCUAAAAAGCAGAAGAAAGGAGCCGAACCUAAAAAAGAAAAAACAAAAGCAAGUGCCAAGAGUGUAGAUGAAAAGAAGCCUAAAUCCAAGAAGGCUACUGAAGAAAAAAUUAAAGCUGAAACAAACACUGAAACCAUUAAAGAGAAGAAGACAAAACCUAAAGCAGGACCGAAGAAAACAACAAAAGAGCCCAAAGAAGAAAAAGAGAGUGAAGUUGAGCCAAGGAAAAGAAAACUAGGAAAGACCAAAGACAAGCCUGAUGCAGAAGGUUCCGAUGAACCACCUAAAAAAAAAACUGUUAAAAAAGAUGUGAAAGAGAAACCUACUGAAAAAGCACCGAAGAAAAAGAAAGAAACAGCUGUCAAAGAGAACAAACCAGAAGGCAUCAAUAAUACAGAAACAGAUUGGGAACAAAUUGAUUUUAAAUGUAACAAAAAGAAUGGUGAUGGUCAAAAAGGAAAUUUCAAAAUAACCUCCUGGAAUGUUGAUGGUAUGAGGGCCUGGUUGAAAAAGGAUGGCUUGAAUAUAUUGAAGUAUGAUUCACCUGAUAUUCUUUGUCUGCAAGAAACUAAGUGUAAUGAAGAUUCUAUACCAGAUGAAAUCGCUGAGUUUGAAGGAUAUAAAAAGUAUUGGUGCAGUAGCAGUAAAAACGGUUACGCAGGUGUUGGCUUGCUAACUAAGAAAGAACCCAUUGAAGUCUCUUACGGAAUUGGUGAUGAAGAUCAAGAUGAAGAUGGUAGAUGUAUUACAGCAGAAUAUGAAAAAUUCUAUUUAGUAACAGUUUAUGUUCCAAAUGCAGGGAGAAAACUUGUGACCUUGGAUAAACGCCUCAAUUGGAAUGAGGCCUUCAAAGGUUUCAUAAAAGAACUUGAUGAGAAGAAGCCAGUCAUAAUAUGUGGGGAUAUGAAUGUAGCUCAUAGCGAAAUCGAUCUAACAAAUCCUAAAACAAAUACUAAAAAUGCCGGUUUCACUCCGCAGGAAAGAGAAGGAAUGACUGAUUUCUUAGAAGUUGGUUUCGUAGAUACUUUCAGGGCCCUUUAUCCAGAUCAGAAGGAUAGCUACACUUUCUGGAGCUACAUGAGUAGUGCACGGAAGAAAAAUAUUGGUUGGAGAUUAGACUAUUUCCUUGUGUCGGAACGUAUAAAGAAUAAAGUGUGUGAUAAUGUUAUUCAUGAUAAAGUAUUUGGUUCAGACCACUGUCCUUUAACUCUUUUUAUUAAUAUUUGAAAAUGUUUCAAUAAAGUUUUUUUGAAUUUA